AUGGCUACGUCUUACGAGCCUGCUGACCCAUUGGCCAAGGGCACACUUGCCACGGCUAAGCAAGCCUGGUCUGACCUCUUCAUCUGGAAACAGCGGGUUGUUGUCACGAAUGACCAUGGCGAGACCCAUACCGAAUGGCAAUCGCCCGAGCCUUUGAAGAACCCCAUCAGCCUUAUGGCCCAGCUUAAGGCAAAGGACUGGCUUUACUUCAUUGUUGGCUUCUGUGCCUGGACUGCUGAUGCUUUUGAUUUCCAUGCGCUCUCUAUUCAGACAACCAAGCUUGCAGACUACUACGAUCGCUCCAAUACCGAUAUCACAACUGCGAUCACCCUGACUCUUCUCCUCCGUUCGGUCGGUGCAGCUGUCUUUGGUCUUGCCGGAGACAAAUGGGGCCGUAAGUGGCCCAUGGUGGUCAACAUGAUCAUUCUUGGACUCCUCCAGGUCGCAACGAUCUACAGUGUCACAUUCCAGCAGUUCCUCGCUGUGCGAAGCCUAUUCGGUCUUUUCAUGGGAGGUGUGUACGGAAACGCUAUUGCAAUGGCACUGGAGAACUGCCCUGUCAACGCAAGAGGUCUUAUGAGCGGUAUCCUGCAGCAAGGUUAUUCCUUCGGCUACGUCAUUGCUGCAUGCGCAAACCUUGGAGUUGGAGGAUCUACAGAGAGCUGGAAGACUGUUUUCUGGAUCGGUGCUGGUAUUUCCAUAGCCGUCGGCCUGAUUCGAAUCUGCUUCCCAGAGUCCAAGCAGUUCAUCGAAGCGAAGAAGGCUGGCAAAGAGUCCAAGGCGCCCGGUGUUUUCUGGAGGGAGACUCGUCACAUGCUCGCCCAGGAAUGGCGCAUGUGUAUCUACUGCAUCAUUUUGAUGACUUGGUUCAACUACUAUUCGCACACCAGCCAGGAUAGCUACACUACUUUCAUGAAGACCCAGAAACACAUGACCAAUGCGCCCGCUACCCGUGCAUCUAUUUUGAUGAAGACUGGCGCCUGCGUUGGCGGUACCAUCAUCGGAUACUUCUCUCAAUGGUUCGGUCGUCGUAGGGCUAUUGUCUGUGCAGCUCUUCUGUCUGCCUGCAUGAUUCCGGCUUGGAUCAUCCCCGAGGGCGAGCGAAGCCUUUCAGCUUCGGGUUUUUUCAUUCAAUUCUUCGUCCAGGGAGCCUGGGGUGUUAUUCCCAUUCACCUUAACGAGCUUUCACCACCUGCUUUCCGAUCUAGUUUCCCUGGUAUUACUUACCAGCUCGGAAACAUGAUCUCGUCUCCUUCGGCUCAAAUCGUCAACGCCAUUGCUGAAAGUCACAAAAUCAGGCCGCACGGAGGAAAGCCUGUAUCAUCUUAUGGACCUACAAUGGGCAUUGCUACCGCAAUCAUCGCCCUGGGUAUUGCUGUGACUACUGCGCUUGGACCUGAGAAGCGUGGCAGGAAAUUCGAGGUGGUUGGACCUCCAGUUGCCGAAAGUGUCGCAAAGGACAUCGAAGCCGGACGCAAUUCCUCUCAAGUCAGCCGCGAAUUCGACGAGAAAAAUGAGAGAACUACCAAGGAGGAGGUUGCAACUACCGAGAAGAUUUGA